CUAAGACUGAUAAACAACAAUGGUGGUUGCUUCAAAAAAAAAAAAAGAAGAUUCGAGCUUGUCAAAGCUAUGUGGUAUAGAACUUAAAAGUAUGUUCAAUUUUCUCGUCUAAUUACCUAACCGUACAACCCUUUUCCUCGUUCAAUAGUUUUCCUGUUUAGUCAAAACUUCAAACCGAAUAAAUCCUCUGUCACAAACGUGUUUGUUACAGUGUGUGAGCAGCAUAUACUUUUAGUCUCUAAAAACCCUUCGCAUGUUUUUUUUUUUUUUUUUUGUUGUUGUUCAAUAUCUCUGCUUUUCUCAAGUUAUGGAAACCAACAAGAAAAACCCAGUUUCUGGUUUUCUGGUGGCAUUGAUCUAUGUUCUGUAUUUUGCUCAGUUUUGUUGUGCUGUUGAUACAAUCAGACAAGGAGAAAGUGUUGCAGAUGGCGAUAGUUUAGUGUCUGAAAAUGAAACAUUUGAACUAGGGUUUUUCAGUCCUGAAAACUCAACAUUUAGAUAUGUUGGAAUUUGGUACAAGGUUGAUGUGAAAACAGUUGUAUGGGUUGCAAAUAGAGACAAUCCAAUACCAAACAAGAAUGGUGUUUUAAGGAUUGGGGUUGAUGGUAACUUAGUUGUUCUUAAUGGGAACACUAGUUUGGUUUGGUCAUCUAAUCUUACAGGUUUAUCAAACAACACAGCAGCAAUUCUCAGGGAUACAGGCAAUUUAGUGUUAUCAAACACUGAUACAAGUAAAGUUCAUUGGCAAAGCUUUGAACAUCCAACUGAUACAUUUUUGCCUGGUAUGAGAGCACCAGUAAGUUCAUUAAUAGGUGAGUUUCAUAUUUUUAGAUCAUGGAAAUCAAGUAAUGAUCCUUCGUUAGGGAAUUUCACUAUGGGUGUUGAUCCUAAUGGUGGUCCACAAAUUAUUAUAUGGGAUCGAAAUAUGGGAAGAAGAUGGAGAAGUGGGCAAUGGAAUUCAGUGAUCUUUACAGGGAUACCUAACAUGAGUGAUAUUGCUAGUUUCUUGUAUGGGUUUAAGUUAUCACAAGCUGAUGAAAAUAGGACACAAUAUUUCACAUAUGAUCCUUCAAACCCUUCUGAUUUGUUGAGGUUUAGGUUAACUUGGGAUGGAAGGGAACAACAAUCGAGGUGGGACGAUGAUCGGAAAAUGUGGACCAUUAUGCAAACACAGCCGGAUCCGGUUAAUAUAUGUGACCUGUAUAACCAUUGUGGUAACCAUGCUACAUGUGAUAACUUUGAAGCUGUGAAAUGUAGUUGUUUAGAUGGGUUUAGGCCAAAGUCUCCAGAUCAAUGGAGUAAAGGGAAUUGGUCGGGUGGUUGCGAACGGCGGGUCGAAUUGCAGUGCCAGAGGACUAAUGGUAGUGCAGGGGAAGAUGGGUUUAAAGGAUUAAAGCACGUAAAGUUACCCGAUUCGUCGAACUUGUUGUUGUCUGCUGGUAAUAUAGAUGCUUGUGAAACAAGUUGCUUGGGGAAUUGUUCGUGUACUGCGUAUGCGUUUAUUUCUGGAAUUGGAUGUAUGACAUGGGAAGGGGAUUUGAUUGAUCUUCAACAUUUGGAUGAAGCUGCGAAUUUACAAUUCUUCUACCGCGUCCAUCGUUCGGAAUUAGAUGGCAGUCGGAAGAUAUCCAACAUUGUGAUAAUUAUAAUCUCUGUGUUGGGGGCAUGCUUCUUGGUGGUCACCAUAUGGUUACUAUGGAGAUACAAGAAGAAACUUAGAGACUCUUUUCGUUUAGGUUUGCCGGUAGUUUCAUCGAUGCCGUGUUGCAAGGAUGAUGACGUAGAGGUUAGUAACAAGUCCAAGAACAAAGAAUUUUCAGCAGAUCUAUCAGGAGGACCAGUUGACAUACUUAUAGACGGGAGUCAAGUUAACGAACCGGAGUUAACCGUCAUUAGCUUCAGUAGUGUGGCAGCUGCAACGAAGAACUUUAGUGAAGCAAACAGGCUUGGACACGGAGGUUUCGGUACCGUAUACAAGGGAGAGCUACCCGGUGGCCAAGAAAUAGCUGUAAAGCGGCUUUCGGGACAGUCAGGGCAAGGCCUAGAAGAGUUCAAAAAUGAGAUUAUAUUGAUUGCUAAACUGCAACAUAGGAAUCUUGUUAGACUAUUAGGCUGUUCCAUUGAAGGGGAUGAAAAGAUGUUGAUUUAUGAAUACAUGCCUAAUAAAAGCUUGGACUAUAUUCUUUUUGAUGAAACCAAGCAAGCACAGCUAGAUUGGCGAACCCGAUUCAGCAUCAUCGAAGGCAUUGCAAGAGGACUCCUUUAUUUACAUCGAGAUUCGAGGCUUCGAAUCAUUCAUAGAGACUUGAAAGCCAGUAACAUCUUGUUGGACGUUGAAAUGAAUCCGAAGAUUUCGGACUUUGGCAUGGCUAGGAUCUUUGGGGGAAACCAAAAUGAAGCGAAUACAAUUCGAGUAGUUGGCACAUAUGGAUAUAUGUCGCCUGAAUAUGCAAUGGAAGGAUUAUUUUCAGUGAAGUCCGAUGUGUACAGCUUUGGGGUAUUACUGUUAGAAAUUGUUAGCGGCCGGAGAAAUACAAGCUUCCGUUCAUCUGAUUACACAAGUCUUAUUGCAUAUGCAUGGAGUCUUUGGAAUGAAGAUAAAGCAAUGGAGAUGGUGGAUCCAUCCAUUAGAGAUUCAUGCUCGACAACCCAAGUGUUGAAAUGCAUACACAUAGGGAUGCUAUGCGUGCAGGACUCAGCCAUGCACAGGCCAACAAUGGCUGCCGUGGUGUUAAUGCUAGAGACCGAAACACCAACACUCCCAAUGCCGAAACAACCCACAUAUACCUCCAUGAGAAGCUUGAUGGAUGCAGAAUAUAGUAUGGAUAUUCAUGAAACUGCAUCGUCUAAAGAUGUCACAGUGACAAUGGUGGAUGGUAGAUAAGAAAUUUGAUAGUAUUUGGUCACUUACAUUUGUAUUGUUUUGAUAUGUUGAUGUAAAAAUAUAUAUGUACACACACGUAUUCUUUUAUAGCAUUCAUGAAACUGCAAUGGAAUUGUAAUCAUAGUUUUGGUUUAAUUUUGGUUUUAGUUUCUCUGUUAAAA